AUGAGCCCCCUAGUUGCCGCCAUAAGGCGUCCGCAGCUGUCGGCGACGAUUCCUGCUGGAGGUGGCCCCUACAUCUUCGCACUGCAUGCCAUUGGUCCUCGUGCAGCAUUCUUCAGCGGGCUGGCCGAGACAUUGAAAGGCAUUGCGGUCAGCGCGUCGACCUUCUACACUAUCUACUCGUACCUGCAAGCGCUGUUCGAUAUCGACGUCAUGUUCGCUCCGGUAUUCGUCGUCACAUUUGGCUUUUUGUUGCUGAGCUUGAACAUUUUUGGGGUUCAGGCGUUGUUCCGGAUGCAGGCUUGUUCAACGACGCUCUGCGUGCUGUUGCUGCUCAUCAUGUUUUUCUCGGCCAUCCCGCAUCUGAGCUACAACAGGUGGGUUGUCGAGCAGAACUGGGAGUUUACAAGUCUGGACAGCACCAUUCACGCUAUUCCCUCCGCCAUGUGGUUCUACCUGGGGAUCGAGGGGCUCCCACUCGCUAGUGACGAGACCAUCGAGCCCGAGAAGAACGUCCCCCUAGGACUGUUUCUUUCAUAA